GUGACUGUACUCUUGUACUCUUACAACCGCCGUCUUCAUUCCAGUAAGCUAUUUCUCUCAGGAGGACGUAGUGGAGCCUGGAGGGGACGAAGUAGCCGGCGGCACGGCGAUGUCAGCGGUUGGGAUGAAGACGGCGUGCGUGACCGGCGGGAACGGGUAUAUCGCUUCGGCGCUCAUCAAGAUGCUGCUUCAGAAGGGAUAUGCUGUCAACACGACAGUCAGAAACCCUGAUGACAUGAGGAAGAAUUCCCAUCUCAAGGGGUUGGAGGCACUAGGCACCUUGAAGGUCUUCCGUGCCGACCUUGACGAAGAUGGCAGCUUCGAUGAAGCCGUCAACGGCUGCGAUUACGCCUUCCUCGUCGCCGCUCCGGUGAAUCUCCAGUCAGAGAAUCCUGAGAAAGAGAUGAUUGAAGCCGGCGUCCAAGGAACCCUGAACGUGAUGAGAUCGUGCCUGAGAGCCGGCACGGUGAAGCGCGUGAUUCUGACAUCGUCGGCGGCCGCCGUCGCCCUCCGUCCGCUGCAAGGCGGCGUCGGCCAUGUCCUGGACGAGUCGUCCUGGUCCGACGUCGACUACCUGACGAGAGAGAAGCCACCAUCUUGGGCGUAUGGUGUCUCGAAGGUGCUUUUGGAGAAGGCGGCGUGCAAAUUCGCGGAGGAGAACGACAUCAGCCUCAUCACCGUGCUCCCGGUGUUCACCUUGGGCGCGGCGCCGACGCCGUUGACCACAACAAGCAUCCCAACUACGCUCUCCUUGCUGUCUGGUGAUGAGGCGCAGCUAAAAACCCUGAAAGGCCUGGCGGCCACCGGCUCCAUUCCGGUGGUUCACGUGGACGACGUCUGCCGCGCCGAGAUAUUCCUCGCGGAGAAGGAGUCGGCGUCGGGGAGGUACAUCUGCAGCAGCCUCAGCACCACCGUGAUGGCGCUCGCACGUUUCGCGGCAGCAAAAUACCCUCAGUACAACGUCCAAACCGACUGUUUCGAAGGGUUCCCUGAGAAGCCGAGAGUGUGCUAUUCGUCGGAGAAGCUGACGAGGGAAGGGUUCGAGUUCAAGUGGACGGAUCUGGACGAGAUAUUCGGCGACCUCGUCGAGUACGGCAAGGCCCUGGGGAUUCUACCGCACUGAAUUGAUGGUUGCUCCGUCAAUUUGGAGUUUUGGACAUAAAAAUUCUCUUGUGAAAUUGUUAGUCCUCUUGUCUUGUGAAAUAAGUCAUUGUUGUGUGUUACGGUAUGGUAAUCUCUUUAUGAUACGGACCCUUUCACUACCACAGAACAUGUGAAAAACCUCUUAAGGUAUCGGUUUUCUCAACCGACACUAGGGAUGCGGCACCAAUGAGUGCUCCAGCACCAAUCCCAUUUUAAAAA